AUGCACCACCACAGUAAGAACGUUCUGCAUGCAGAACCAAUACAUUUGCUCUAUGACAAACGAAUGUUGCAGCAUCGACCUCUCGAUUGGAAGGAACCCGCUGUCUUCCCACGAUACCGUGAUGAGGCCGAAAAUGACUACCCCAUUGAGAAUCCAGAACGAAUUAAGGUACUUUACAAUCGUUUGUGCGCCUUGAAUCAGCGGCUGGUGGGAUGCAACGGUAGCUUGUACAGGCAGCUCAUUGCCCGAAAGGCCACAAAGGAAGAAGUUCUUCUCGCACACAGUGAAUCUCAAUACGAUCGAUUGCAUCAGCUUGAAUUCCAAACUGACGAUGAGCUCAGAGAAAUGUCAAAUGACACCCAAAGCGACAUGUACUACUGUCAAGAAUCCUUCUACGCUGCUCGUUUGGCGGCUGGAGGACUAUUGGAGUGCAUCGAUGCCAUUUGCUCCUCCCCUUCGUCCUCAGAGCACAUGGGCUCAACGGCAACAGGUAGUCAUAGCCACCAGUUCAGAUUCGAUGCGAAGCCCAACAAAGCACUAGCACUGGUACGACCACCAGGUCAUCAUGCUUGUCAGUCCAAAGAAAUGGGGUUUUGUUUCAUCGAUAGCGUCGUUAUUGCAGCCAAGUACGCACUCGCCAAUAAAAAAGCUAAGAAAGUACUCAUUUUGGAUUGGGACAUACACGAUGGUAAUGCCACUGCUGAAGGCACGAUUGAAAAUGAAAAUAUUUUUCGGGUAGACCUACACCGGUACAAUCCAAAGCAUCCUUUCUAUCCAUUCACUGGAUCCCCAAGAGAUGUGGGGAAUGGGAAAGCCAGGGGUCUGAACCUGAAUGUUGCCUGGUCAAAAGGUGGAAUGGGAAAUCGUGAAUAUGGUGCAGCCUUCUACGAGCUUAUACUACCAUUGAUCACUGACUAUCAACCUGACUUGGUCAUUAUCAGUUGUGGAUUGGAUGCAGCAAUGGGUGAUCUCUUAGGCGACUGCUGCCUGACACCAGGCUUCUUUCAUGCAAUGACUCGAGCAGUCAUUGAAGCUGUUGGUCCCGAUACGCCUAUCCUUUCUGCCCUCGAGGGUGGCUAUACCAUCAGCGUCAUUCCGGAUUGUAUGGAAGGGGUGACUCUAGCCAUGCUGAAUUUGCCCUAUUCCUAUUCCUCUGGAACUAAUUCUGGUUUCUACCAGUUUACUGCCAGUGGAGCAGCAGCGCCUUCACCUGAUGAUCCAGACCAAGUCUGGACUCCCCGCAAUGCUCUGGCCCGAUCCCGUCGGGUCCUCUCCCAGUACUAUGUUCGGUUGGAAAGUGUUUCUUUGCAACUAGAAAAGAGUGCUGUCCGAGACAUUAAUAGUUCCAUUCGUAUUUUCGAAGCAAUUCGCAGAUGGAAGCAUGUGCCACUGAAGAGCAUCAGAGUCCCCAACACAAGCCCUCAGAUCAUUGGACAGAAACACGGGCGUCAGAAGCAGCCUAUUUCUGACGAAUGGCCAAUUCCUUACGCGCGCCCCAAGAUUUACAUGUGGUAUGGAACUGAAGCACACCACCAGAAGACUUCGGCGGUUUAA